AAACAUCAUGCUUGUCUACAGCGCUGUGGACCUUCAGCUGGUCAUGACUGCUAACAGAAAAGUGUACAAUCUCGGGAUGUUUACAGGCGAACGAAGCUGAAGUUUGUUUCCUAUUCGCCGGCUUCUCGUUCGAAUUUUCCCGUUCCCCCUUAAAAAUGCAGCAGUCGCAUUCUGGCGGUGCAGACGCCUGAACGUAAGCGCUGCACCAUUUAAGGUGGAACGGGAAAAUUCGACCAACGAGCUAAGCGUCAGCUUCGUUACCCACCCUGAGCCACCCGCGGAGUCUGAAUGCAGCUCGUCACCGCGAGCUAACCUGAGGUUCCUCUCCUUCAGCUCAUCCAGACUGAGAUGAACACACUGCUACACCCAUGUUUGGUCAUAACGUUGGCAGCGCUGCCCUGGACAACAGGGUCUGAUAGCCUGGUGCCCAUCCAGUUUCAGACGUCUCCUGUGCUGGUGGCCUCAGGAAGUAAUGCUGUUUUUACGCUGCAGACCAUCACCAACACCUUCUCCAUCGCAUGGAUCGCUCCAGGAGGGAGCACCCUGGGCCAGUGGGUUGGAGGCCAGGCCGUGCUUAACUCAGUGCCUCAGUUCCAGGGCAGAGUGACCAUCACGGCCACUCAGCUCACUAUCAGCUCCACCCUACUCAGCGACGCUGGAAACUACACGGUCACUGUGGUACCGACUGCGACCACUGGAUUCGCCACCAACUCCCUCUCUGUGGCCUUGAGAGUGUUUGAUGCUGUGGGUCAGGUGAGUCUGUUCGUGCCCUCUAUGUCUAUAGAGGGUGGAAAUGUUUCUCUGCGCUGCAGCUGGACUAAAGGCACUGAGGUCAGUGUGGCGUGGGGGAAAGGCGGCUCUAGCCUUACGGCAGACUCUCACAUCGCCAUCAAUGCCGGUUCUCUGAUCAUCAGCCCAGUCAAGCGGAGUGAUGCUGGUGACUAUAGCUGCACUGUAAGCAACCUCAUCAGUGCCCAAACAGCAACAGCAAGCCUGACUGUGUACUAUGGUCCAGACACCCCUCAGUUGACUAAAACAUCUUCAGAAUGUGUGGGUGGGGGAGAUGCCACAGUGGGUCAGACGGCCAAACUCACCUGCACGUCUGUCUCUCUGCCACCUGCUCUGUUGUCAUGGCAAUAUAACGGUAACCUGCUGACAACAAGCCAAACGGAUGGUGGCACAUUGAAUCUGCAGGUUUUCUCCGCCAAUCAGAGUGGGCAGUACAUCUGUAGAGCACAAAACAGCAUCACACUGGGCACCUCGCAGCAGCAGAUCAGCUUCAGCGUUGUGGGAACGUGUCUCAGUGUGGGCGCAGUUGCAGGAAUUGUUGUGGCUUGCUUUGUUGCUCUCAUCUUAAUUAUUGUUGCUAUUGUGCUGCUGAUACGGCAACGGAAAGUUGAUCGAAGACUCAGAGAUGUUACUGGACAGCAGAAGACAAACCUGAACAGCGGACCAUCAGUUCCUCCAGUUCCUCAGAAUGGCCGGGUUACUUCUGGGGUCACUGGCAAUGGUGACCAACCUGAUCCACCACUGCACAAUCUUAACAGACUCAAUCUCCCAAAAAAUCAAGAAACAGAGCCCACUUUCUGGCACACUGGCCAGGAAAACAACGAAACAGUGACACAAAAUAGACUCAAUAGCACUAAUCUUAACACUGGCAGAUUACCAAACAAUGGCGUCCACAACUCCAGUGCCCGCCCAUACAAUGGCCAUCAAAGUAGCAAUUCAUAUCCACACAAUGGCCCGCAAAACUCCAGCUUGUUCCCACAGUCAGGCCAACAGAACCCAAAUAUUUUCAUACAAACAGGCAAUGGCGAGCCAGGAACUCAAACUGUACUAAUAAAUCUCAGUCCACUGCCACAUAUGGAGGCACGGAAUACCACCACACAACCCCACACGGUGCAAGUCAGUCUCAAUGCUCCUCAACCAUCUCUAGGCCAGCCAAACCAGAAUGGCACACGGUAUAAUGCGCAGCAAAACAAUGCACUGCCGCAGCACCUUGGUAAUGUUAGCCAGCAAAAUCUCUCAAAUGCUGUUGAGCCUCACUCCAGAGCUCACGCAGUGGAAAACAUGCAUAACACAGACCAAGCUGCCUUGAAUAGCACUUUCAGAAAUCAAAACCAAGUGCCCAGUGAGUCCCAAGUGCCCAGAGCGACAGAUCCUUCCUUAGAGCCCAGUCACAGGCGCUCGAACGACGUGCGCUCCAGAUCUGCUGACCCCAUUUCAAGUACCAGCGCACAUCUCCCUCAAAUGCCGUGGGAUCGCCUUCGGGGUACACCAGCAUACCCCAAUCCUCAAGUGGACAGUUCAGACAGUUCAGAUUCUCAAACUACAGCACUGCAAGGUAGACCAGCACGGCUAGAUCCACAGAGGGGACGGGCAUCUCAGGUUCCCAGACCAAGGUCACCUGUAGAUGCACAGACUCAGACUGUUUCCGGGGCACGACGGAGAAACGUCCAGACAGAUGCAGGUAAUAAUAUAGCAAGCCCCUAUCAAAUGGACCCGAAUAUGCAGAGGCAAAAUGUACAGCGCAAUGAUGCUGCUCAUCUACCUGCUGCUCAACGAAAUCAGACGGUUGUACCCCAGAAUCCUCUUGUCCAGGCACAUGGCACACAAAAUGAAGGGGCAUCCCAGAGAGCAAGUGUCACACAAAACCAGACAACUCAAGUACAGACUGCUCAACCACCACAACAUGCCAACCCUCCAAACUCCGUCUCUCUCACCCAAGCAGCCCUGCAGCUGCACACCAAUCACACUCCCAACCCAUUCACUAACCGGAUCCAGCAGACCAAAGCUGCUCUGCAAUACCCUGGGCCUGGGUCAAGACCCGUCCAGCCCAAUCAGGCCCAACCUCGUCCUACGGCAGAGACAAAGCAGACAGGCCAGAGGCCACCAACUCCCCCUCCAGUUCUGCAGCCGACGGAGUUUCAGACAUUACCGCGGGAUCCUUUGCGACAACCGCGGACCCUACAGCCAGCUCAUGUGAUGAGGCCUCAUGGUCAACGACCUCACAAUAUGCACAGACACGCCAUGCAUACCAGCCCACAGAGACACACAGGGAACCCACACAUGCAUGGCAGCCCAAACAGACACGGCAAUGCACCAGCCCAUAGACACCCUCCUCAUGUGAGCCAGGUGCACAGAAGUAGACCCCGGCUCUGAGGACAGCCCGUCGCUUUGACAACCACAGCAAUGACAGCAAGACACAUGCUGGUAAAAUACAAUUUAGGGGGAGACAGAAUCUCGCAGACGUCGUGUCGCGCUUUAGUGGCAUUUUUCACUUCAUUGUACUUCAGAGCUGUUGUUUCCGCAGAUAUACAACAGUAGAGAAUGCUAAUUGUGAAAUGCCAAAUAAAACUGUGCUGUUAAAGAUCUUUAAUAGGCUACAGUGUGGCCUUCUGUACGAUGACUAUCUACAACCCAAACAAUGCUACUGCUUCCUCAUUAGAGCCCGAACAUAAUUCACAAUGCGGAGUGAAGUGUCGCCCUGCGAGCGGAGGACUUGGACCGGAUCCAAGUGGGAAAAUGAGGCCAAGCUACCAGAAAGUGCUAAACGAUAACUAAUGGACUUCCAGUUUUGUGCGUUCUCACACAGCUGUUUAUUCAGCGCUCGCUUCACAGAUGCUUCUUGCGACACUGCUCAAUUAGCGCGAUGUGCUGCGGUGCCCAUGUGGACGAAAUGCUCAGCUAACUAUGAAGGAGAGGCUCCAAACGGACACGCUCUUAUUAAUUAUGCACAUUUAUUUAAUGUUAAUGACUUGGAAAAUACUAAUGACUUGAAGUGGUGGAGGUUGUGGAGAAGAGCUCUGAAAAUCAGCUCGACAGAGUAAUCGUUUGCUUCAGCUGACUUUUUCUCAUGCCACAGAAGACUUCGCUGAUUAAUUGCAAAUGUGAUUGUUUGGCUUUUGCUUUUUUCUUGUUUAUUUAAUGUAUUCAUUCGUUUUUUCUUCUGUUAGCUGAUGUGAAAGUAAACUCCAUGUAACCUCUAA